AUGUAAUUUUUGUAAACAGACGUUAGCAUUUUAUCAUGCUGCGGUGGCAUGCAAUUUACUCUUAUCUAAACUAUGCCGAAACUCUUUGAGGUAAAGUUUACAGACAAAUCUAAUACGGGAGGAUUUUGGUCUGCCAUUGAUGUUUGGAUAAAGAAACCACACGUUGUGAACAAACGUCUUUGUGGAGUCAAAGAGACACAGAGCAAGAAUGUUGACUUUGAAGAAAUUAGAAACAUUCUGCUAACUCAUGGAAGUGAUACUUCAGAGUCGAAGGAUGUUCUUACUUUCUUGAAUAGUGGCGUUGAACUUGAACAUGACAAGAAGAGACUGUGGUCUUUUUGUGUGAGGACAUUCAUUCCUAAAGUAAACUGUUAUGGCACAACUGUACAUAAAGACAUUAUACUUAAAGACUUUGACACUCAAAGAGUAAGCUUCUUACCAGUUGAAGAGAGUGCGGAAGGGACUGCCUCUCUACGGAAGAACAACAUCUAUCAGAUACAGCUCCUGGCUGAGAAGAAUGAUGAAUGGACACUAGAGUUACAUCUCAUGCGGCCUGGUGACUGGUUCAGUGACGGGGUGGCCUACCCCAAACUGCCCUGGCUCGGUGGGGAGCUCCUGCCCAAACUGGUGCGCUGGGCCACGGAGAGUAAGAUCAGUGAGUUCAAGAGCACCCUGUCCCUCCUGCCUGUAGAGAUGUACAGCACCAUGUACCAACAGCUGAAGGAUAAGUACAAGGAGAUGGUCAAGGUUUGGCCUGAAGUGACUGAUCCAGAAAAGUUUGUCUUUGAAGAUGUUGCCAUCGCUACUUAUCUUUUGGUCCUAUGGGGCGAGGAGCGAGCAGAGAAGGGUCUGACCGCCAAACAGUCCUUUGUGGAUCUUGGUUGUGGAAAUGGUCUCCUGGUUCACAUACUAAGCAAUGAAGGGCACCCUGGAAAGGGCAUCGACGUGAGGAAAAGGAAGAUCUGGGAUAUGUACGGCCCACAAACACAUCUAGAGGAAACGGCAAUCACUCCCAGUGAUGGCUUCUUAUUCCCGGGCACAGACUGGCUGAUUGGAAACCACUCGGACGAGCUCACACCGUGGAUCCCCGUUAUAGCGGCCAGAUCAUCCUUCUCCUGUCGGUACUUUGUCCUGCCGUGCUGCUUCUUUGACUUCUAUGGGAAGUACCAGCGGAGACACUGUAAGAAGUCCCAGUAUAAGGAAUACAUUGACUUCAUCUCUGAAGUCAGCACAGCCUGUGGGUUCAACACAGAGGAGGACUGCCUGAGAAUCCCCUCCACAAAGCGGGUGUGUCUGGUGGGAAAGUCGAGGAGCUACCAGCUGUCAGACGAGCCACAGGCGGAGGAGUGGAGAGUCAAGUAUAUACAGGGUCGUCAGACCUGCUCCGGGGUCACAGUUCGAGAGUCAAACGCUGAGGGUGAAGCCGAGCACAACCACUCAGAAACGGACAGGAUCCACGGCACCAACUGGGGAGCUGGGUUCCAGCCCCGUGAGAGGAUUGAGACAGUGCGGAACUGUGCCGCCCUUCCCCGGGACUUUGUAGAUGGUAUAGUCCUACGUGUGGCCAACUCUCUGCUGGGGUUGACUAAGGACGAAGGUGGUGAUGUCCCCAGCACCUGGAACACGGGAGGCAGGCUGUCCGUGAGAGAGGUGGCUGAGCUGUUGGAGCAGGAGACUCUGCAGGUCCUGAAGAAAGAGUGUGGCGGUCUGCAGACCCUGCUCAAGAACAACCACCAGGUCUUCAGAGUGGAAGGUGGAAUGGUCCAUAUCCGGGACUGGCGGGUACAGGCCCAGAGGCCUAGAGGGCUGCAGGGUACCAGGGCUGAUUCUAAGCGGAAGCCUCUACUCUCUGGUGCCCUGAAGACCCGGGCCUGCUGGUUCCACACCCACCACCCUCACGGAUGCCCACUGCAGGCCGAGGAGUGUGCCUUCGCCCAUGGCCCCGACGACCUCCGACCUUCCACCAGACCACUCAAGAAAAUGAAGAACUCCAACUGAAUGCUCGAUUCAGUUUGGACCAUUAUUGCAAUGUUUUAUUUCUAUUUUACUAUUAUUAUUAUUUUAUUGUUUUGAAUUUAUGAUGGUAUAGGGAUGGCUGUGACUGUCUGUCAUACAUACAUACAUACAUACAUACAGUGGGGUCCAAAAUGAUUUACACCC